ACACCAUACUGCCAGCCCUAUAGCAUCCUCCCUUUCUUUAUUACAGUAUCGUUAUAUUUACGUCUCUCUCGUUCAACGGUUACGGUAUUCAGGGUGCUGGUGUUGGUGCUAAGUUGUUUAGACGUUGUCAGUGGCAACGGUAGUCCGAUACACGGCACGCCGCUGGAAGGCACCUAGACGUGUUCAAGCCUUCCUCUCGAUAGUACCGUUUAACGUCAUUCCUAAACGUAUAGUUAAACUUGAAAUUGCUCUCAACACAGCAGUCACAUAUGUACGUAAGAGUUAUUUUAGAAACAUGAUAUUAUAACGACAUAUAAUGACAGUACCAAGUAACAUUAGCGAUAAUUUAGCACAUUCAAGUUGCGUACUUGAUGAGUCUUCAAACUGGAAUACGUUGUACUGCUCUCAUCUUUGGUCAGACAGCCAUGCGAGAAAAGCAAUUAUCAAUGCGCCAAAUAAGAACAAUAAAGCAAUCAAAUAUUGUUACACAUGUAGAGGUAAAAUACGAAAUUAUGGGAUCACACCUCCAAAGGCAAACUUUUCCCCAAACAACCAUUCUACUCCAAAAGGAAAUUCCGCACAAGCAUUUAUAGAAACGCGUACUAAUAAUACAUUGGUUGAAAAUAACUUAGAUAGCUUUAAUCACUCGGAUAAAUCCAAAGGUAGAAAGACGUCUAUUAGUGAUAUUAACAUAAAUAAUUCUGAACUGUCCCAGUACAUUCCCACUAUAUCUCGACAAAUUGAUGUCAGCUUUCGUCAUAAAUAUACCAGUACACAAUAUGAUUUGUGUGCCACAGAUAUAGGUCAGAGAAGACUGAGAAAAGGCCUAAGAGGCAUUGGAUGUAUAAUAAACUUCUCGUUGACUGAAAGUCCGAAGACAAAAAGAACACAGAUACAAGCGUGCUCAAUAUGUGUAAUGAUCGUUGCAAUAGUAGUUAUAAGUUUGGUUCUAGUAAAUUAUACAACUCUCAAUUUUAUGAAUGACAAAAACAUUACUAGUACAUAUUUAGUGCCAAGUGAAAUUGUAGACAUUAAUGAAACAUCUUCAGCUAUCGUCAGUAUAUCUACAGAUCUACCUGUAUUUACCGAAGUCACUGAUAAAAUGUACACAGAAAUAAGCUCAACUGAUGACCCUUUUAUAUUGACCACUACUAAAAAUAUCACUCACAUAAGCAACAUUAUUUUAAAAAUACGUAAGAAUAUUAAAACAUAUCCAAAAGAUGGAAGGAAAGGCGAUGAAAGUAAAAUGCCAAAAGAUAGUAUAAACAGAGAUGUAUCGAAAAGAUUUUGCUCGUGCCAAAAUAAUGAAGUGUGUAUGUUAGACGAGAUAAACGGUGUAGCGAUCUGCAAAGCCGCCAUUGACAUGGAUGACCCUACAGGGUGUGGUGGAUUAUGUGCCAUGGAAACCGAAGCUUGCCAGCUUGUAGACAAAGCUCGAGGUGUGCGCGUUUGUCGUUUAUUGACGCAAGUGACGUGUUCACCUGAGGACUGGCGUUGUCGAAACGGUUUUUGCGUGCCGUCUACUGCCCGGUGCGAUGGAUCUAUCCAAUGCUACGACCGUUCGGAUGAAAUGCACUGUGAUUGCGAUUUAACAAAACAAUUUCGUUGCGGACAUUCUAUAUCAUGCUUUGCCAAUAAGAAAAUGUGUGAUGGCUCAAUUGAUUGUUGGGACGGUUUUGAUGAACUCAAUUGUACUCUAGAAUGUCCCGAAGAUCAAUUUACGUGUACUGACGGCCAGUGUAUUAUGUCAUCGAGGUUUUGCGACGGCUUGGCGGACUGUGCGGACGGCAGUGACGAGCCCCAGGGCUGCGAUGCGGCUUGCGGCACCCACGAGAUACAGUGCAAGAAUAACCGUUGCAUAUCCCGCGGUGUACAGUGCGAUGGAAAAGACGAUUGUGGUGAUAGUUCGGACGAAUCUAAUUGCUCCUAAAUUCGCAUCACGUGUUAAGCUUUUACGGUGUUUGACUGUUCCUGUUUUAGGUUUAAAAAAAAUAAUGGUACCUAUUUUCUCACAAAAUAAAAUUGUUUUUAAA